ACUGUAACCGGAUAACAUAACUAAUCCUCUCAGAUCGUCAGCCAGUUCCACGAACGGUCGAAAAAACGAUGUCCGUCUCAGCAAUCUUCGGCGUCCAAAUCGCCGCCACCUCCUCAAUCCCUCCUCUCCGUCAAUCAUCCUACAACGGUGCCACAAGGGUUGCUUCGCCGGAAGUCAAGUAUGGCCGUGAAAUUGGAGACAAUAUAGGGUUAAUGAUAGAAUGCUCAUCGAGGCCACAAAAGAAGGCGACAGCACACCACCGGAAAACAAGGCCGAAGAAGACGGCGGCGUGGGACAGAAACCGUGGGCCUGCGGUUUACCCACCUCUGCCGGACCUUCCCCCGGAGUGGACUCUCGUCACUGACCAGGCCGUUGAAGCUUCUCCGUCAUCAACGUCGUCACCACCUGCUACUGCGUAGGAUUUCUUUCUUGUUACUUUAAAUUUCAAGAAAUUUUAAUGAAUGUCUGGUUGAUACUUUGUUUAGUGCUUUUGAUUAUGUUGCUGUUAUGAAAUGAGACGUAAGUAAGCAAGUGAACUUUUUGCACACAA